CCCCAUGGCAUGGCAGGGCCGGACGCCCCGCACCUCCCCACCCUGCCGGAGGUUGUCGGGGAGGGCAGGUUUCGCCGCGGCCCCCAGAUCGGCGAGGGGAACUUCGGCGUCGUCUUCUCCGGCACCGACCUGGGGACGGGCGGCAAGGUGGCCAUCAAGUUCGAGAAGCGGGGCGUGCGGCACCCGCAGCUCCUCCACGAGGCGCACGUCCUCACGAUCCUGGGGGGCGCCCCUGGCUUCGCCCGCGUGCACUGGACCGGCCUGACCGAUGAUUCCGUGGUGACAGAUCUGCUGGGCCCGUCCCUGGACGAGCUGCUGGCGGCUCGCCAGGGCAAGAAGUUCAGCGUGAAGACUGUGGCGAUGAUCGCGGAGCAGCUCGUGGUCCGGAUGCAGCACAUCCACAGCAAGAACUUCCUCCACCGCGACAUAAAGCCCGAGAAUUUUUUGAUGGGCUGCGGUGACCAGGAGCACAUCGUCCACGUCAUAGACCUCGGGUUCGCGCGUCCCUACCUGGAUUCGAAGACGAAGGAGCACAUCCCGCGGCGUGAGGGGAAGAAGCUGACGGGCACUGCACGGUACGUCAGCAUCAACACCCACUUGGGUAUUUUGCAGAGCCGCCGGGACGACCUCGAGUCUCUCGGCUACAUGCUCCUGCACUUGAGAAAGGGGCUCCCGUGGGAGGGCAUUCGGAAGCCGGGCGAAGUAGAGCAGGAAAAGUACGAGAAGAUCAUGGACAUGAAGAUUUGA